AUGCCGGAGUCCAGAAGUGAGGCAGAGACACGAGAAAGGACUUCUAAAAACAUAAUUUCGGUAAUUUCUCAGUUCGCUGACGAUCAUUUAACCAUUGUCCGGGUAAGAUCCAAAUGGGAUACAAAUUGCAAAUUCAAGCAUUGACGGGGAUUAGACGGUUCGUUCAAAUGAGACCGCAAAUCAGCUGUUGUUAAAAUAGACUAAAGGUCUAGCUAACACAUUCCAACAUCUUUGGCUAACAUCUAUCUGUUUUCACCUCUAGAACAUCAGUACUGGACUAGCAAUUGCCGGGGUAAUAGUAAUAUCAAGGAGUAUUAAAAUGGUAAGUAGUUUAGCCUAUGCAUUAAAAGCGAGCUGUGAUGCAGGCAUGUUCCCCCAGGACGCGGUAGCGAGUCAGGUUUCACACAAACCCUGGUUGAAGACUGGGGCGAAAUGUUCUGUCUGCCCGAUGUCAAGGGAAUUAUCUUGACGACGCCGACAGAUUGUGGCGUUUUAACCAGACUGGAGAUGAGAUGAGCCCUUCUGCCUUGUUCAAUGAAAUGCCAGAUGGCUGCUCUGCAUAGGUUAUAAGGUCAGGGUCAAUUUAUGACGGAGGGUGGCAGUUGAUGAGCUGUUUAUCUAAUGUGUUUAUCUUAGUUGAUGUUGUUUAGUUACAGCCUUUUCUUAACCAGAUCAUCAAUCUCCAUCCCGUGCCUUUAGAAGUGUCCUGCUGAUCUGUCGUUUUGUUUAAGUAAUAUAAUUAUCUGUCGUUUUGUUUAAGUAAUAUAAUUAUCUGUCGUUUUGUUUAAGUAAUAUAAUUAUCUGUCGUUUUGUUUAAGUAAUAUAAUUAUCUGUCGUUUUGUUUAAGUGAUCAUUAUCUGUCGUUUUGUUUAAGUAAAAUAAUGAUGUGUCGUUUUGUUUAAGUAAUAGAAUACUAGUAGCGGUUCCAAUUUUGUGUUGCCAAAACAAUAUUUUAUGGUGACUUCAUAGGAAGGUACAGUGUAACUGAUUACAACACAUUGUACUUACAACAGUUACAAAUGCUUUUCUAACAAGGUCUUUCAUGCCUCACCACCCUCGUCAGAUCACUAGGUUUGGCCUCUGAGAUCCCAGCAAGGUUCAUAGAGGGAGAGUCCAGACCGUCACAGAGAGAGCCCUGGAGGAGGGGUACACCCCCAUCUACCUCCCUCUCCUCCCCCCUGCUGGCUAAAGGUACCCCCAUCUACCGCCCUCUCCUCCCCCCCCUGCUGGCUAAAGGUACCCCCAUCUACCUCCCUCUCCUCUCCCCCUGCUGGCUAAAGGUACCCCAUCUACUCUCCCCCCCCCCCCCCCCCCCCCCCUGCGGCUAAAGGACCCCCAUCUACCUCCCCCCCCCCCUGCCCCCCUCCCCCGCUAAAGCCCCCAUCUACCUCCCUCCCUCCCCCCUGCUGGCUAAAGGUACCCUCCCUCUCCCCUCUCCCCCUCCCUCUCCUCCCCCCCCUGCUGGCUAAAGGUACCCCAUCUACCCUCCUCCCCUCCUCCCCCCCUCCCCCCUGCUGGCUAAAGGUACCCCCAUCUACCCCCCCUCUCCUCUCCCCCCUGCUGGCUAAAGGUACCCCCAUCUACCUCCCUCUCCUCCCCCCCUGCUGGCUAAAGGUACCCCCAUCUACCUCCCUCUCCUCCCCCCUGCUGGCUAAGGUACCCCCAUCCUGGCUAAGGUACCCCCCCAUCUACUCCCUCCCUCUCCCCCCUGCUGGCUAAAGGUACCCCCCCUCUCCCCAUCCCUCUCCUCUCUCCCCCCUGCUGGCUAAAGGUACCCCCAUCUCACUCCCUCUCCUCUCCCCCCUGCUGGCUAAAGGUAACCCCAUCUACUCCUCUCCUCUCCCCCCUGCUGGCUAAAGGUACCCCCCCCAUCUACCUCCCCCUCUCCUCCCCCCUGCUGCUAAAGUACCCCCCCAUCUACCUCCCUCCCCUCUCCCCCCUGCUGGCUAAAGGUACCCCCAUCUACAUCCCUCUCCCUCUCCCCCCCUGCUGGCUAAAGGUACCCCCAUCUACCUCCCUCUCCUCCCCCCCUCUGGCUAAAGGUCACCCCAUCUACCUCCCUCUCCCUCUCCCCCCCUGCUUGCUAAGGUACCCCCAUCUACAUCCCCUCCCUCUCCCCCCUGCUGGCUAAAGGUACCCCCAUCUACAUCCCUCCCCUCUCCCCCCUGCUGGCUAAAGGUACCCCCAUCUACAUCCCCCUCCUCUCCCCCCUGCUGGCUAAAGGUACGGGAAGAAUGGAUGGGUUAACUUCCCGUUCAACUUUCCAACACACAGACAGAGCCCACAGGGUAAAGGCCAAUUACAGUGUGAUAAUUAGGAUUCACCUCCCAGCUGUUGAAAAGUCUCAUCAUUCACACAGCUGUCCCAAAUUAGUCAUUUAUGUCUCUACUAAUCCCAAGCUAUUGGACACAUCAAAACAGAUCUAUUACUUUGUGGCUAUUAGUGUCAUAACUGUGUCAACCAUAGACCGUCUGCUGCUGUCUUUAACAUAACUGUGUCAGCCAUAGACCGUCUGCUGCUGUCUUUAACAUAACUGUGUCAGCCAUAGACCGUCUGCUGCUCUCUUUAACAUAACUGUGUCAGCCAUAUACCGUCUGCUGCUGUCUUUAACACAACUGUGUCAGCCGUAGACCGUCUGCUGCUGUCUUUAACAUAACUGUGUCAGCCAUAGACCGUCUGCUGCUGUCUUUAACAUAACUGUGUCAGCCAUAGACCGUCUGCUGCUCUCUUUAACAUAACUGUGUCAGCCAUAUACCGUCUGCUGCUGUCUUUAACACAACUGUGUCAGCCGUAGACCGUCUGCUGCUGUCUUUAACACAACUGUGUCAGCCGUAGACCGUCUGCUGCUGUCUUUAACACAACUGUGUCAGCCGUAGACCGUCUGCUGCUGUCUUUAACACAACUGUGUCAGCCGUAGACCGUCUGCUGCUGUCUUUAACAUAACUGUGUCAACCAUAGACCGUCUGCUGCUGUCUUUAACACAACUGUGUCAGCCAUAGACCGUCUGCUGCUCGCUUUAACUAUUCUGUUUGAUUUAGUGGAAGAGAAGGUUGCAGGGUCAGUUACUGUCUGUGUUAGCAGGGUCAGUUACUGUCUGUCUCUGUUAGCGGGGUCAGUUACUGUCUGUGUCUGUUAGCAGGGUCAGUUACUGUCUGUCUGUUAGCGGGGUCAGUUACUGUCUGUGUUUGUUAGCAGGGUCAGUUACUGUCUGUCUCUGUUAGCAGGGUCAGUUACUGUCUGUCUCUGUUAGCGGGGUCAGUUACUGUCUGUGUCUAUUAGCAGGGUCAGUUGCUGUCUGUCUCUGUUAGCGGGGUCAGUUACUGUCUGGUGUCUGUUAGCAGGGUCAGUUACUGUCUGGUGUCUGUUAGCAGGGUCAGUUACUGUCUGUCUCUGUUAGCGGGGUCAGUUACUGUCUGUGUCUGUUAGCAGGGUCAGUUGCUGUCUGUCUCUGUUUGCGGGGUCAGUUACUGUCUGUGUCUGUUAGCAGGGUCAGUUACUGUCUGGUGUCUGUUAGCAGGGUCAGUUACUGUCUGUGUCUGUUAGCAGGGUCAGUUACUGUCUGGUGUCUGUUAGCAGGGUCAGUUACUGUCUGUGUCUGUUAGCGGGGUCAGUUACUGUCUGUGUCUGUUAGCGGGGUCAGUUACUGUCUGUGUCUGUUAGCAGGGUCAGUUACUGUCUGGUGUCUGUUAGCGGGGUCAGUUACUGUCUGGUGUCUGUUAGCAGGGUCAGUUACUGUCUGGUGUCUGUUAGCGGGGUCAGUUACUGUCUGGUGUCUGUUAGCAGGGUCAGUUACUGUCUGGUGUCUGUUAGCAGGAUCAGUUACUGUCUGUGUCUGUUAGCAGGAUCAGUUACUGUCUGUCAACCUGUCAACAGGUUCAGUAAGGCUGCGUUUACAUAGGCAGCCAAAUUCUGAUAUUCUUUUUUACUAAUUGGUCUUUUGACCAAUCAGUUCAGCUCUGAAAAAGAUCUGAUGUGAAACGAUCUGAUGUGAAACGAUCUGAUGUGAUUGGUCAAAAGACCAAUUAGUGGAAAAAAUAUCAGAAUUGGGCUGGCUGUGUAAACGCAGCCUUGCUGUCUGAUUGGACUAAUAUGAGUUAGUUACUGACUCUCUGGUGUCUUCAGGACACUGUUACUCUCGUUCUUUAUGACUAUAUUAAUUAACUGCUCUCUUUAACGUAACUGUCAACCAUAGACAGUCUGCUGCUCUCUUUAACAUACAGUGGUGUGAAAAAGUGUUUGCCCCCUUCCUGAUUUCUUAUUUGUUUGCAUGUUUGUCAAUCUUAAAUGUUUCAGAUCAAACUAAUUUAAAUAUUAGUCAAAGAUAACACAAGUAAACACAAAAUGCAGUUUUGAAAUUAAGGUUGUUAUUAUUAAGGGAAAACAAAAUCCAAACCCACAUGGCCCUGUGUGAAAAAGUGAUUGCCCCCUACAACCUAAUAACUGGUUGGGCCACCCUUAGCAGCAACAACUGCAAUCAAGCGUUUGCGAUAACGUACAAUUAGUCUUUUACAGCGCUGUGGAGGAAUUUUGGCCCACUCAUCUUUGCAGAAUUGUUGUAAUUCAGCCACAUUGGAGGGUUUUCGAACAUGAACUGCCUUUUUAAGGUCAUGCCACAGCAUCUCAAUAGGAUUCAGGUCAGGACUUUGACUAGGCCACUCAAGUCUUCAUUUUGUUUUUCCUUCAGCCAUUCAGAGGUGGACUUGCUGGUGUGUUUUGGAUCAUUGUCCUGCUGCAGAACCCAAGUUCGCUUCAUCUUGAGGUCACGAACAGAUGGCCGGACAUUCUCCUUCAGGAUUUUUUGGUAGACAGCAGAAUUCAUGGUUCCAUUUAUCACAGCAAGUCUUCCAGGUCCCGAAGCAGCAAAACAGGCCCAGACCAUCACACUACCACCACCAUAUUUUACUGUUGGUAUGAUGUUAUUUUUCUGAAAUGCGGUGUUAAUUUUAUGCCAGAUGUAAUGGGACACACACCUUCCAAAAAGUUCAACUUUUGUCUCGUCAGUCCACAGAGUAUUUUCCCAAAGGUCUUGGGGAUCAUCAAGAUGUUUUCUGGCAAAAAUGAGACGAGCCUUAAUGUUAUUUUUGCUCAACAGUGGUUUUCGUCUUGGAACCACCUGCCCAGUCUCUUUCUUAUGGUGGAGUCAUGAACACUGAGGCAAGUGAGGCCUGCAGCUCUUUGGAUGUUGUUGUGGGGUCUUUUGUGACCUCUUGGAUGAGUCGUCGCUGCGCUCUUGGGGUAAUUUUGGUCGGCCGACCACUCCUGGGAAGGUUCACCACUGUUCCAUGUUUUCGCCAUUUGUGGAUAAUGGCUCUCACUGUGGUUCGCUGGAGUCCCAAAGCUUUAGAAAUGGCUUUAUAACCUUUUCCAGACUGAUGGAUCUUAAUUACUUUCUUUCUCAUUUGUUCCUGAAUUUCUUUGGAUCUCAGCAUGAUGUCUAGCUUUUGAGGAUCUUUUGGUCUACUUCACUUUGUCAGGCAGGUCCUAUUUAAGUGAUUCCUUGAUUGAGAACAGGUGUGGCAGUAAUCAGGCCUGGGUGUGGCUAGAGGAAUUGAACUCAGGUGUGAUAAACCACAGUUGAGUUGUUUUAUAACAGGGGGGGGCAAACACUUUUUCACACAGGGCCAUGUAGGUUUGGAUUUUGUUUUCCCUUAAUAAUAACAACCUUCAUUUCAAAACUGCAUUUUGUGUAACUGAAUUCUUUAACAUAACUGUGUCAGCCAUAGACCGUCUGCUGCUCUCUUUAACAUAACUGUGUCAGCCAUAGACCGUCUGCUGCUCUCUUUAACAUAACUGUCAACCGUAGACCGUCUGCUGCUCUCUUUAACAUAACUGUGUCAGCCAUAAACCGUCUGCUGCUCUCUUUAACGUAACUGUCAGCCAUAGACCGUCUGCUGCUCUCUUUAACAUAACUGUGUCAGCCAUAGACCGUCUGCUGCUCUCUUUAACCUAACUGUCAACCAUUAACCGUCUGCUGCUCUCUUUAACCUAACUGUCAACCAUAUACCGUCUGCUGCUCUCUUUAACGUAACUGUGUCAACCAUAGACCGUCUGCUGCUCUCUUUAACAUAAUUGUCAACCAUAGACCGUCUGCUGCUCUCUUUAACAUAACUGUGUCAACCAUAGACCGUCUGCUGCUCUCUUUAACAUAACUGUGUCAACCAUAGACCGUCUGCUGCUCUCUUUAACCUAACUGUCAACCAUUAACCGUCUGCUGCUCUCUUUAACCUAACUGUCAACCAUAUACCGUCUGCUGCUCUCUUUAACGUAACUGUGUCAACCAUAGACCGUCUGCUGCUCUCUUUAACAUAAUUGUCAACCAUAGACCGUCUGCUGCUCUCUUUAACAUAACUGUGUCAACCAUAGACCGUCUGCUGCUCUCUUUAACAUAACUGUGUCAACCAUAGACCGUCUGCUGCUCUCUUUAACAUAAUUGUCAACCAUAGACCGUCUGCUGCUCUCUUUAACAUAACUGUGUCAACCAUAGACCGUCUGCUGCUCUCUUUAACAUAACUGUGUCAACCAUAGACCGUCUGCUGCUCUCUUUAACGUAACUGUGUCAACCAUAGACCGUCUGCUGCUCUCUUUAACGUAACUGUGUCAACCAUAGACCGUCUGCUGCUCUCUUUAACAUAAUUGUCAACCAUAGACCGUCUGCUGCUCUCUUUAACGUAACUGUGUCAACCAUAGACCGUCUGCUGCUCUCUUUAACAUAACUGUGUCAACCAUAGACCGUCUGCUACUCUCUUUAACAUAACUGUGUCAACCAUAGACCGUCUGCUGCUCUCUUUAACAUAACUGUGUCAACCAUAGACCGUCUGCUGCUCUCUUUAACAUAACUGUGUCAACCAUAGACCGUCUGCUGCUCUCUUUAACAUAACUGUGUCAACCAUAGACCGUCUGCUGCUCUCUUUAACGUAACUGUGUCAACCAUAGACAGUCUGCUGCUGUCUUUAACAUAACAGUGUCAGCCAUAUACCGUCUGCUGCUCUCUUUAACAUAACUGUCAGCCAUAGACCGUCUGCUGCUGUCUUUAACAUAACUGUCAGCCAUAGACCGUCUGCUGCUCUCUUUAACAUAACUGUGUCAACCAUAGACCGUCUGCUGCUCACUUUAACUGUGCUGUUUGAUUUAGUGGAAGAGAAGGUUGGCUUUGAUAUUUGCUGAAGUAUUGUAGUCAACCUAAUGGUUGGUCUCUCCUGUAGAGACAGUUUUUAAUAUAUUUUCCUAAAAGCAAAGUAAACACAAUUUUAAUCCAAUGAAUUUGAUUUGAUAGGUAUUGGAUCAUGGCUUGACGUCUGAUAAAGGUCGUUGUGACUGAAACCAUCACCAUCUUUUUCAUCUUUAUCUAAUUAAGACCAACAUGUUUCUAAACGUGAGUGUCAGGCCUUCUGUCCACAUUUAGAGGCACCGGACCGUACACUUUUACAAGAUUUAGUUUAGCUCCCUUCAUCAGUAAGCCUGUUAGAGAAGAGGCUGAGUUAGCAUAGGAAGCCUGUUAGAGAAGAGGCUAGCAGCAGGAUUAGGUUACGGUUCUGCUUUGCAGUCAAACUGAGUUAGAGGGUAUUAGAUAGUGCUCUUUCAGCUCCAUCCGAGGCCAGGGAGAUUUUCUAACAAAGCUCUCCUCUAGUUAAAGAGAUUAGAAGUCUCUCUCUAUAGCUUUGUGUCUUUUGAGUUCCUGUUGUUUUACGACACAGGCUUGACCUCUGGCCACAUGUUUUGUUGUUGCAUGUAUUUCCUUUCCUGUGCCUUUAGUAAUACAGUAUAUCUACUGCUGUAGUUGUAAAUCUUUCCAUAGUGCAUGUCUGCUGCUAUAUCUUCCAACAGUCUGUCUUUCUGUUUGUUCUUUCAGUUUGUCACGAUCUUGUCUAUGCAAUGGACCACAGCCAUAGUUAAGAACUCCUUAGCUCAGGUGUACUGUACGUGUCUCACCUGGGCAUGUCUUCUCUCUUCAGGUGGUGGUGGUGGUGGUGUGUUUCCCCUGGCUGUGCACCUGGUGGGGGUGGAGCUGACCCCAGAGGGGAGGGUGUGGCUGGAGCAGCACCUGAGCCCGGCCCAGACGGUGUGGUUCAAACUGUUCAGCAGAGAGGAGGAGACACUACACUGUCUGGUGUCUGUUAGCGGGGCCAGUUACUGUCUGGUGUCUGUUAGCAGGGUCAGUUACUGUCUGUGUCUGUUAGCGGGUCGUUACUGUCUGUUCUCUGUUGCAGGGUCAGUUACUGUUCUGGUUCUGUUAGAGGGUCCAGUUAUGUCUGUUCUGUUAGCAGGUCAGUUACUGUCUGGUGUUUCUGUUAGCGGGGUCAGUUACUGUCUGGUCAUGUAGCGGGUCAGUUACUGUCUGUUCUGUUAGCAGGGGUCAGUUACUGUCUGGUGUCUGUUAGCGGGGCAGUUACUGUCUGGUGUCUGUUAGCGGGGCCAGUUACUGUCUGGUGUCUGUUAGCAGGGUCAGUUACUGUCUGUUAGCAGGGUCAGUUACUGUCUGGUGUCUGUUAGCGGGGUCAGUUACUGUCUGGUGUCUGUUAGCGGGGUCAGUUACUGUCUGGUGUCUGUUAGCAGGGUCAGUUACUGUCUGGUGUCUGUUAGCGGGGCAGUUACUGUCUGGUGUCUGUUAGCGGGUCAGUUACUGUCUGGUGUCUGUUAGCGGGGUCAGUUACUGUCUGUGUCUGUUAGCGGGUCAGUUACUGUCUGGUGUCUGUUAGCGGGUCAGUUACUGUCUGGUGUCUGUUAGCGGGGUCAGUUACUGUCUGUGUCUGUUAGCGGGUCAGUUACUGUCUGGUGUCUGUUAGCGGGGUCAGUUACUGUCUGUGUCUGUUAGCGGGGUCAGUUACUGUCUGGUGUCUGUUAGCGGGGUCAGUUACUGUCUCUCUGUUAGCAGGGUCGUUACUGUCUGUUGUAGCAGGGUCAGUUACUGUCUGGUGUUCUGUUUAGCAGGGUCAGUUACUGUCUGUGUCUGUUAGCGGGGUCAGUUACUGUCUGGUGUCUGUUAGCGGGGUCAGUUACUGUCUGGUGUCUUGUUAGUCAGGUCAGUUUACUGUCCUGUGUCUGUUAGCAGGGUCAGUUACUGUCUGGUGUCUGUUAGCAGGGUCAGUUACUGUCUGUUAGUGCAGGCGUCAGUUACUGUCGUGUCUUUUAGCAGGGUCAGUUACUGUCUGUGUCUGUUAGCAGGGUCAGUUACUGUCUGUCUGUUAGCAGGGUCAGUUACUGUCUGUGUCUGUUAGCAGGGUCAGUUACUGUCUGGUGUCUUGUUAGCGGGGUCAGUUACUGUCUGUGUCUUUACGGUCAGUUACGUCUUAUGCAGGGUCAGUUACUGUCUGUGUCUGUUAGCAGGGUCAGUUACUGUCUGUGUCUGUUAGCAGGGUCAGUUUACUGUCUGUGUCUGUUAGCAGGGUCAGUUACUGUCUGGUCGUCCUGUUAGCAGGGUCAGUUACUGUCUGGUGUCUGUUAGCGGGUCAGUUACUGUCUGUGUCUGUUAGCGGGUCAGUUACUGUCUGUGUCUGUUAGCAGGGUCAGUUACUGUCUGUGUCUGUUAGCGGGUCAGUUACUGUCUGUGUCUGUUAGCAGGGUCAGUUACUGUCUGUGUCUGUUAGCGGGGUCAGUUACUGUCUGGUGUCUGUUAGCGGGGUCAGUUACUGUCUGUGUCCUGUUAGCGGGGUCAGUUACUGUAUGGUGUCUGUUAGCAGGGUCAGUUACUGUCUGGUGUCUGUUAGCAGGGUCAGUUACUGUCUGGUGUCUGUUAGCAGGGUCAGUUACUGUCUGUCUGUUAGCGGGUCAGUUACUGUCUGGUGUCUGUUAGCGGGUCAGUUACUGUCUGUGUCUGUUAGCGGGUCAGUUACUGUAUGUGUCUGUUAGCAGGGUCAGUUACUGUCUGGUGUCUGUUAGCGGGUCAGUUACUGUCUGGUGUCUGUUAGCAGGGUCAGUUACUGUCUGUGUCUGUUAGCAGGGUCAGUUACUGUCUGUGUCUGUUAGCAGGGUCAGUUACUGUCUGUGUCUGUUAGCAGGGUCAGUUACUGUCUGUGUCUGUUAGCAGGGUCAGUUACUGUCUGGUGUCUGUUAGCGGGUCAGUUACUGUGGUCUGUUAGCAGGGUCAGUUACUGUCUGUGUCUGUUAGCAGGGUCAGUUACUGUUGGUGUCUGUUAGCGGGUCAGUUACUGUCUGGUGUCUGUUAGCGGGUCAGUUACUGUCUGGUGUCUGUUAGCAGGGGUCAGUUACUGUCUGUGUCUGUUAGCGGGUCAGUUACUGUUCUGGGUCGUGUUUUAGCGGGUCAGUUACUGUCUGGUGUCUGUUAGCGGGGUCGUUACUGUCUGUGUCUGUUAGCGGGGUCAGUUACUGUCUGGUGUCUGUUAGCGGGGUCAGUUACUGUCUGUUCUGUUAGCGGGGUCAGUUACUGUCUGGUGUCUGUUAGCGGGGUCAGUUACUGUCUGUGUCUGUUAGCAGGGUCAGUUACUGUCUGUGUCUGUUAGGGGGUCAGUUACUGUCUUGUCUGUUAGCGGGUCAGUUACUGUCUGUCUCUGUUAGCGGGUCAGUUACUGUCUGUGUCUGUUAGCGGGUCAGUUACUGUCUGUCUGUUAGCAGGGUCAGUUACUGUCUGUGUCUGUUAGCGGGGUCAGUUACUGUCUGGUGUCUGUUAGCGGGGUCAGUUACUGUUGUGUCUGUUAGCAGGGUCAGUUACUGUCUGGUGUCUGUUAGCGGGGUCAGUUACUGUCUGGUGUCUGUUAGCGGGGUCAGUUAACUGUCUGGUGUCUGUUAGCGGGGGUCAGUUACUGUCUGGUGUCUGUUAGCGGGGUCAGUUACUGUCUGGUGUCCUGUUAGCGGGGUCAGUUACUGUCUGGUGUCUGUUAGCAGGGUCAGUUACUGUCUGGUGUCUGUUAGCGGGGUCAGUUACUGUAUGUGUCUGUUAGCGGGGUCAGUUACUGUAUGUGUCUGUUAGCAGGGUCAGUUACUGUAUGUGUCUGUUAACAGGGUCAGUUACUGUAUGUGUCUGUUAGCAGGGUCAGUUACUGUCUGGUGUCUGUUAGCAGGGUCAGUUACUGUCUGUGUCUGUUAGCAGGGUCAGUUACUGUCUGUGUCUGUUAGCAGGGUCAGUUACUGUCUGUGUAGCAGGGCCAGUUACUGUCUGGUGUCUGUUAGCGGGGUCAGUUACUGUCUGGUGUCUGUUAGCGGGGUCAGUUACUGUCUGGUGUCUGUUAGCGGGGUCAGUUACUGUCUGGUGUCUGUUAGCGGGGUCAGUUACUGUCUGGUGUCUGUUAGCGGGGUCAGUUACUGUCUGGUGUCUGUUAGCGGGGUCAGUUACUGUCUGGUGUCUGUUUAGUGGGGUCAGUUACUGUCUGGUGUCUGUUAGCGGGGUCAGUUACUGUCUGUCUCUGUUAGCGGGGUCAGUUACUGUCUGUCUCUGUUAGCGGGGUCAGUUACUGUCUGUCUGUUAGCAGGGUCAGUUACUGUCUGUUAGCAGGGCCAGUUACUGUCUGUGUCUGUUAGCAGGGUCAGUUACUGUCUGGUGUUUGUUAGCGGGGUCAGUUACUGUCUGUCUCUGUUAGCGGGGUCAGUUACUGUCUGGUGUCUGUUAGCGGGGUCAGUUACUGUCUGGUGUCUGUUAGCGGGGUCAGUUACUGUAUGUGUCUGUUAGCAGGGUCAGUUACUGUCUGUGUCUGUUAGCAGGGUCAGUUACUGUCUGUGUCUGUUAGCAGGGUCAGUUACUGUCUGUGUCUGUUAGCGGGGUCAGUUACUGUCUGGUGUCUGUUAGCGGGGUCAGUUACUGUCUGGUGUCUGUUAGCGGGGUCAGUUACUGUAUGUGUCUGUUAGCAGGGUCAGUUACUGUCUGGUGUCUGUUAGCGGGGUCAGUUACUGUCUGGUGUCUGUUAGCGGGGUCAGUUACUGUCUGUCUCUGUUAGCGGGGUCAGUUACUGUCUGGUGUCUGUUAGCGGGGUCAGUUACUGUCUGGUGUCUGUUAGCAGGGUCAGUUACUGUCUGGUGUCUGUUAGCAGGGUCAGUUACUGUCUGGUGUCUGUUAGCGGGGUCAGUUACUGUAUGUGUCUGUUAGCAGGGUCAGUUACUGUAUGUGUCUGUUAGCAGGGUCAGUUACUGUAUGUGUCUGUUAGCAGGGUCAGUUACUGUCUGGUGUCUGUUAGCAGGGUCAGUUACUGUCUGUGUCUGUUAGCAGGGUCAGUUACUGUCUGUGUCUGUUAGCAGGGUCAGUUACUGUCUGUUAGCAGGGCCAGUUACUGUCUGUGUCUGUUAGCAGGGUCAGUUACUGUCUGGUGUCUGUUAGCGGGGUCAGUUACUGUCUGGUGUCUGUUAGCGGGGUCAGUUACUGUCUGGUGUCUGUUAGCGGGGUCAGUUACUGUCUGGUGUCUGUUAGCGGGGUCAGUUACUGUCUGGUGUCUGUUAGCGGGGUCAGUUACUGUCUGGUGUCUGUUAGCGGGGUCAGUUACUGUCUGGUGUCUGUUUAGUGGGGUCAGUUACUGUCUGGUGUCUGUUAGCAGGGUCAGUUACUGUCUGUCUCUGUUAGCGGGGUCAGUUACUGUCUGUCUCUGUUAGCGGGGUCAGUUACUGUCUGUCUGUUAGCAGGGUCAGUUACUGUCUGUCUCUGUUAGCGGGGUCAGUUACUGUCUGGUGUCUGUUAGCGGGGUCAGUUACUGUCUGGUGUCUGUUAGCGGGGUCAGUUACUGUCUGUCUCUGUUAGCGGGGUCAGUUACUGUCUGGUGUCUGUUAGCGGGGUCAGUUACUGUCUGUCUCUGUUAGCGGGGUCAGUUACUGUCUGUCUCUGUUAGCGGGGUCAGUUACUGUCUGGUGUCUGUUAGCGGGGUCAGUUACUGUCUGUGUUUGUUAGCAGGGUCAGUUACUGUCUGGUGUCUGUUAGCGGGGUCAGUUACUGUCUGUCAACCUGUCAACAGGUUCAGUAAGGCUGCGUUUACAUAGGCAGCCAAAUUCUGAUAUUCUUUUUCACUAAUUGGUCUUUUGACCAAUCAGUUCAGCUCUGAAAAAGAUCUGAUGUGAAACGAUCUGAUGUGAUUGGUCAAAAGACCAAUUAGUGGAAAAAAUAUCAGAAUUGGGCUGGCUGUGUAAACGCAGCCUUGCUGUCUGAUUGGACUAACAUGAGUUAGUUACUGACUCUCUGGUGUCUUCAGGACACUGUUACUCUAGUUAUUUAUGACUGUAUUAAAUAACAGAAUGUUGAAGACAAUGAAACCUACAGAUAUGUGUUUUUAACCUCACUCUGUUCUCUGUUCCCAAGGGGUCAUUGAGGAGUCUGUGUCUGAAUGACGAGGUGUUGAGGUUGGGUCUGGCACGCACCGUCCCAGUCUCUGGACUCCACCCCCAGGCCUGCGGCUCCACCAACGGCUACUCAGGGCAGAGGUCAAGGCUGAGCGGAAGGGGCGGGGCAUGUGGAAAGAAGACAGCCUAUGGGAGAGGACCUCACAGGCUGUCUGACUCAGACUCAUCAGGAGGAUCUUCAAGUGGACGUGAUUGGUUGACUGACAGUGAUUGGUUGAUUCAAGUGGGUUUGAAAGUAAGUUCAUGAAUGUAGCAAGACUCAAGCUCAUCUCAGAAUACAGCUCUGCCAUCAUGUCUGUUUUUGAGAAGCGGAUAAUCUAUUUGUCAACUAAUUGCCACUUCACCGAUUGCUGUCAAAAUAGAAAUGGACAAUAUUCAUACGAUUACCUGUGCAAAUCAUAUUUUAUCGGGGAAAAGUGUGAAAUGAUGUCUCAAAAGAAUGGGGGUAUCGACGGAAAUCAUAGACAUGGGACAAAAAUGCUUUGACCCACGUGUUUAUCAAAGUUUAUUUAUCGAUGGGGAUUAAACGCACUGACACGGCAACUACAUAACCAGAGAGAAUAGAAAAUGGUCUACUUACAGUAAGUGUUCUCCUUUGUGGUGUCACAUCUGCUCCUGCAACGCCCUCUACUGCUCAUCCUGUGUCUCCUUGACCUGCCGCCACUCAUCCAGUUCUCUCUCUCUCUUCCCCCUCUUUCUUUCUCUCUCUCUUUCCUCCUCUUUCUCUCUCUCUUUCCCCCUCUUUCUCUCUCUCUCUUUCUCUCUCCCCUCUCUCUCUCUCUCUCUCUCUCUCUCUCGUGUGAUUGUGUGGGCGGAGACAGGCGUGCUGGAGUCAGAGCAGAUCCCCACCAGCUGCAACCUGUUCCAUAAUCAAGACCUCUACAAAUACUCAGUCCUGCCACUUCCACACUGCCAGAUCGUAAUCUCUGCUCAGUCAGUCUACGGUUCUAGCCGUUUGUUACUAAUCAGAUCCUGUUGUGCCUGUUUUCCUCUCCGCUACAGUUCUGGUCCCUGUCUCCUGUCCCACGUCUCAUCAUCCUCCUACUCUGUCCUGGAUUCCCCACUCUACUACUCCCUUGGAUUCCCCUCCGGACCUGCUCACCCUGUCUCAACCCCCCUUCGCUCCAGCCGCUUCCAGCAGUUUCCCCUGA